GUGUCCGUAGAACAUGUUAUGUUGGGGACUUUAAUAUACGUCACCGGUGUUGUUAAAAAAAAUUGUCACCGACUCUGUGCGUGAUUCUAAUGCAUUCAUCUAAAUCUAAUUAUAUUAUUUGUAGUAAUUAUCUCGUGUCAAGGUGAACGUAGAUUUUUGUGGAUAAGACAGGGCUACAAACAAGUUUGAGGGACAGGGGAAAUGGCUUUUAAUCAACAACGAAUCAAUCAAUGAACUUUCCUCGCCCUUCUUCAUUUUUCAUUUGGACUUUAUAUCAAACAUUCUACUGGUGAGUAGAAAAUAUAUCUGCAUUGCAUCUCUUCCACACAUGUAAGCGGUGUUUAGUAAUAUCUAAGACAAGAAACUGAACCAUAAUAGAUUAUGUUACAGACGUUUGACAGUUUUCAAGAAUUGCUCGAGAAUUAAUAUGGAGAACGUUGAUCACUUGGACACUUGUAACACAAUUGUUUUUCACAAUAUAGAUACUGUCAGAGAUGAGAAAGCCGGAAAGAAGAACGUUCUUGAAUAUCGUUGCGAGAUUUGUAGGAAGACAUUCCCUUCAGAGCAUGAAGUCUUUAAACACAAAGAAAUACACAAGAAGCAAAAACGGUUUCAUUGUGAAAUAUGUGGGAAAUCGUUUCAUAGAAAUUGUCAUCUUGUGGUACACAAACGUAAUCAUACUGGAGAGAAACCAUUCCAUUGUGAAAUAUGCGAAAAAGUUUUUGUUUCUAAGGACACCCUAACAACACACAAAGGAGUACACAGUGAAGAGAAAAGGUUUCACUGUGAAAUAUGUGGGAAAUCGUUUCACAGAAAUUCUCUUCUUGUGAGUCACAAACUAAGUCAUACUGGAGAAAAACCUUUCACCUGCGAAAUAUGUGGGAAAUGUUUUAGUAAGAAUUCUCGUGUUGUAGUUCACAAAAGAAUCCACACGGGAGAAAAACCAUACCAAUGCGAAAUAUGUGGGAAAUCUUUUGCUGACACUGCUUAUCUUGCAGUUCACAGACGUAGUCACACUGGGGAGAAACCAUUCCUGUGUGAAACAUGUGGCAAGUCUUUUGGUUUGAAGUCACACAACAGACUACACACUGGGCAGAAAACUUUCCACUGUGAAAUAUGUGGGAAAUCUUUUUAUGAUAAUGCUCAUCUUGUGGUUCACAGACGUUAUCAUACAGGUGAAAGACCAUUCAACUGUGAAAUAUGUAAGAAAUCUUUUGUCACAAAAAGAGAUUUAACAUCACACAUUAAAAUACACAGGGGAGAAAAACCAUUCCAAUGUGAAAUUUGUGAGAAAUAUUUUGUUACUAGUUAUGUCCUAAAAAGACAUAAAAGAAUACAUACCGGAGAGAAACCUUACCAUUGUGAAAUAUGUGAGAAACCAUUUUGCAGCAGAGGUUCAUUAGCACAACACAGAACAGUACACACUGGGGAAAAACCUUUCCAUUGUGAAAUAUGUGGGAAAUGUUUUGCUUCUAAAGGCGUUUUAAAGAGACAUAUCAGAACACACACAGGAGAGAAACCGUUCCACUGUGAAAUAUGCGGAUCAUCUUUCUCUCAGAAUUCUUGCCUAAUUGAGCACAAGCGUCGCCACACAGGAGGAAAACCAUUCCAAUGUGAAAUUUGUGAGAAAUCUUUUGUGUCUUCUCAUAAAUUGAAGAAUCACCAAAACAUUCACUGUUGA